AUGAAGGACCCGCUGAGCGGCUGUACUUACAAUCUGCUGUACCAGGACCUGAAGAGACUCGCAAAGAAUGGAGAAUAUUUCUGUAAAGAGAUCGUGACUGUGUUUCAGCAAAGAUCUGAUCUGGAGAUAAACUAUUCUAAAGGACUUCAGAAGAUUGCAAGCAAACUCCUCAAAGUCUCCAAAGAAAUGUGUGACACCUCCUCACACCGAGCCUGGUCCUUCAUGUCAGAUGAGAUGUUCUCCUCCGCAGAUGCUCACCGGUAUGACAUCACACUGGAGGAGGUUUGCUUUUAUCUCUGAUGUGUAUUUAUAUCCCAACUGUUCUUCAGAAUAUUGGGAAACGCCCUCAACCAAGAUGCUAUUCAGGAGAUGCGUCAAAUCUUAGAUGAACACUCCAAAAGAAAGAGGCCGCUUGACAACGCCAUUGAGAAAUCAGGAAAACUUGUUCUCACAAACUGGAAUGAGCAGAUUAAGCUGAAGAAGAAGCUGAUGGGUUUGACAAGAGAACACGAGGCGCUCUUCGACUUUGUGGAGAAAAAUAAGCACAUUUGCACUGAGAAGGAAAAACAGAAGAUGUUCAAUAGAUUAACAAAAUCAGCAGAACUUCAGGCCAGAGUCGAUGAAGAAUACUUCAAGGUCAACAUGGACGGUCACCACGUCCGACUGAAGCUGGAGAACACCUUAAAAACCUGCCACCAGAUUGUUCAGGAACUGGAGAAGCAGAGGAUAGAAACGCUAUCAAACACUCUGAAGAAGUACAGUCUCUAUAUAAAUGUAUAUGCACAGAGCAUCAUUCACAGUCAGAGUCAGAUUGAGCAGUCGGUCAGAGGAGUGGACGUGGAGACAGAUAUCCAGUCACUGAUGGAGACCAUCAACACCACAGCAGAUGACAACAGAGCCGAAUUUCUCAUGACCGACUACUUUGAGGAGGAAGGGAAAACAAUCAUGUCAAAGGACAGAAGGAAAGAUGCCAUCGGGACUAAACUUCAGCGACUCGAGGACAACAUCACGAAAUCAAAGAGUGACAGAGAAGGUCUAGAGAAAAUGGUGAAAGUUUAUACUGAACAACCGAACUUCUCAAAUCAAAAGAAUCUGGAAGAAACCGAACAGUUGCUUGAGGAGGCCGUACUCAAACUUGAUCUUUUGGAGGCCACACACUGUAAACUGAGCGUCGGUCUGGCAGAGUUACAGGGCAAACCCAAACCUCGCCAUCGCUUUAGUGACAGCAUCACGAAAUGGAAAGACAAGGAUUGUGAACACAGCGUGAUACAGCUCUCUCGGCCCGUGAGAAUCAAGAAGACACCGUUCAGAUCACGUCAGUCUGCGAGAAGCUCUGUGACGGAUAAGAACCCUGCAAAGUGCGUGCUGACCAAACACAACCCUCAGAACAUAAAUGAAGAACCGAUUGACGUCAAACAGAACACAGACGAAGAGCAGAACAAUGCAGUAAAUGGAAGAACAUCUGAAUCUUUAGAAGGUGCAGAAUUCUGCUCUAUAGGCAAAUGCAAGGCUUUAUACAGCUUUACAUCAGAGCGAGAGGACGAGCUAAACAUAAAUGAAGGAGAUGUUCUUGAGCUCUUUCAGAAGGACGAGACAGGCUGGUGGUUCGGUGAACUGAAUGGACAGAGAGGACAUUUCCCUUCCAAUUAUGUUGAAGAGCUUCCGCUUCUUACUGCAACAAAGUCUUCUGAAGCUUAAAGAACACACAAAUA